CGAAUAAAACUCUCUAUUACUGUAUUCGCUUUCGUCAUCAUACAUAGUUAAAUCAGUCACUUACUGAUUUAACGUUGAUCAUGUUGGGUCUACCGUCAGCGUGGACGAUUGUCGUUCUUACAACAUUUGUGUCGGCGAUACCAAUCUCUGACGUAGAGGAUACCUUACAAGUGGCCCUGACAAUUCCGGACAACGAAACGGGAGUUAAAAUAUCACAAUGGACCGUAAAUAUGAACGUAAAUCCUGAAGAAUUGGGCAACUAUUUGGAAGGAGACAUCAUGAUCGCAAAAGGCGUCACACUAAACGGUGCGAAAGAUGAAAGUCUUCAUUGGUCUAAUGGCGUUAUUCCUUACGUAAUCAUGGGUAACUUCGAUUACGAUCAAUUGAAUCUUAUACAUGAAGCUAUAAAGGAGUAUGAGAAGUAUACAUGUAUCCAGCUUAAACCAAGAACGGACGAAGAGGAUUAUGUCAAAUUUGUUAGUUAUAAUACUGGAUGCUGGAGCUAUGUUGGCAAGAUUGGCGGUGGGCAAUCAAUAAACUUACAAACUCCUGGUUGUGUAAAGAAAAAGGGUACCGUAAUACAUGAGAUCAUGCACGCUGUUGGCUUUUGGCAUGAGCACACUAGAGAUGAUCGAGAUGAUUAUGUGACUAUCAACUGGAAUAAUAUUGCAGAAUCAAAAACGGAUAAUUUCGUCAAACUUUCCCCGAACGUCGUCCAAGAUUACGGCAUCUCUUAUGAUUACGGCAGCGUGAUGCAUUAUUCAGCGUACGCAUUUGCCAAAAACCCUAUUAUAAGAACUAUCAUUCCCAAAAAUCCAUUAGCUAGUAUCGGUCAGAGAGAUAGACUUAGCGAGUCAGACUAUCAGAAAAUUAACAAAAUGUAUAACUGUGCAAGUAAAAUAAAGACUUAAUUGGCUAUUCUAUCAGAGAUCCGUACUGAUGAAUGAAUUACGGCAGCUGUUGUGAUAACGUGAAUAAAUAAAUGUGAAUGAA